UUUAAUGCUUACUUCACGUUGGGCGUUCAGGGUUCUCCUCUUUCCCAUGUUUUCCCCUUCUCUGGCAUCAAUUUCUCGCCCUCCAACUAAAAUUAUUUAAUAAGUCAUUCAAGUUGAAGAAUCUUCUCUCAUAAGAUUCCAUAAACAAAGGAAAACCCGAAAGAAUCCUUGUCCUAAUGAACCCGUAUGAUGAGAAAAGGCUAAGAGACGAAGUCAUCUACUUACACUAUCUAUGGGAACAAGGUCCCCCUCAGACCACUAAUCAAACCCAUCAGAAAAGACCCAGACCUUCAACCCAAAACCCCAUCAACAGAAGAAAGUUUGCUCAUUCUGGAUCCCACCCUCCACCCAAACCUGACCCUGGGCUCGACUGGUCAGUCCUUCUGAAACCCACAUCACCUUCCUCUCCUGGAUGGCCAGAACCCAAGUCUAAACCAGACCCCAUGGUCAGACCUGUUUCAAUUGAAGACCAAGCUAGGUUUGCCAACAUGCAAAUGCAAAACAAUGUUCUUGACGGUUGCAAAGAGUUUUUCAAGAAAAGGGUUCGUGAUGAAGAAAACGAUGAUGGUGAUGAUGAUGAUGUUGAUGUUGAUGAAGAAGAAGAAAAGAAUGAAGUAGACAUGUUUUUUAUGAGAAUUUUUGUGAAUAACAGUGAGUUGAGGGGCUACUAUGAGGAGAAUCAUGAGAAAGGUGAGUUCUUUUGCUUGGUUUGUGGUGGCAUUGGUGAAAAUUUAGGUAAGAAAUUCCAGGGAUGUGUUGGACUUGUACAGCAUUGUAUGUCGAUUUCGAAAACAAAGUGUAAGACAGGCCAUAGAGCUUUUGGAUUGGUUGUUUGUAAAGUUCUUGGUUGGGACAUUGAUAGGUUGCCUGUGAUUUUGUUGAAAGGAGAGCCUUUGAGUCGUAUUUUGGCUAAUUCAAGCGAAUCACAGAACACUUUGCAAGGAGAAGGUUCCAAUAAAAAUGUAGAAAAUCUUGAAACUGGAAAUUCAAGUGGCGAAGUCUGGGAAGAUGCCUCUGAUUCUCUGCAUUGUAGGUGUGGGGUUGGCAUUUCAUGGACAAUUGAGCAGGAUUAUUAUGAUAAGGGGGAUGAUUUAAAUGUUAUUUUGGGUGAUGUAGAGUUCGUGAAUGCUGAUGGCAAUGGAUCAGUUAAAAAAGAGGUUUCUAGUGAUGAUGAGAGUAAUGGUGAAUUGAUGGCCUGUAACAUGAGUAAUAAUUCCUUAGAGGAGGAGGUUGCCAACGAAAAUGUUGAAAGUCUCGAGAUUUCAGAUGGUGAACCAAUCAAAGGAUCGGUUAAUGAUCUGGGAUUAGGCUCGUCUCAGGUCACAACCACCGGGUGGCCCUGCAUAGAAUCCAUUGAUGUGUCCACUUCAACAACUCCGGAAUGGCCCAGCUUUGAGCCUUGUACUGCUUCUAUCACUCAUGUGAUUUCUGCCGAAGAACAGAUUAGAAUAAACAUGGUGCAGUGGCAGCUGAAUGUCUUUGAUGCUUGCAAACAAUUCUUAUCUACAACAGCCGGAUCAGACAGCGAUGAAGAUGAUAAUGAAUUUGAUGAAGAUGAUUUAAUGGAUGAUGAUGGGUCUAAUGACAGUAAUGAGUUCAAUUUCUUUCUGAGGCUUUUCACAGAGAACAAUGAACUCCGAAGUUAUUACGAGACUCACUGCAGAGAUGGGGAUUUCUGGUGUUUGGUCUGUCGUGGGAUUGGGAAGAAAGAUUGGAGGAUUUUUAAAGAUUGUGUGGGGCUAAUUCAGCAUUCCACUGCAAUAUCAAAGACAAAAAGGAAGCAAGCUCAUAGAGCUUUUGGGCAGGUUAUUUGUAAGGUUCUUAAUUGGGAUGUUGACCAUCUUCCAUCGAUCAUGUUGAAGAACAAACCUUAUAGCCAUUCCAUCAAUCAUGCUCUUACGGAUAAAUCAAAGUCCGAGUCAGGUUCAAAGGAGGAUGUUGAUGCACAUCAAAAUAAUAUCCUGUUGAUGAAUAGUGAGAAUACCUUGAACGAAGAACCCGACAAAGAUGCUAAUUUAGAAAACAGAGCUUUGAAUAUUGGAGCAAAUGAAGAUAAACCAGAAAAUCCCAUGAAAUCUUCAGGAGAAAAUAACACAAAAUCUGAAGCAGACCAAUGAUGACAUGGAGAAUUCUAGUUCUGAAGAUCAGAGUGACGAAGAUGCUCACCAUCUCAAGUAGAAGAAAUGAAUUUAUCUAGAAAACAUGGUAGGUAGUGAAAGUUUGUGUUAAAUUAUUGCGCAAGUACCAUUAGGAUCAACAACUCCAUUUAGCAUUGCUCUCUCUAUGUGAUAAGUGGUAGUGGUUGUUUAGGAAUCGAAUGACUUAAAAACCAACUUAUUUGGGAUCGGUGUUAAUUCAAGACUUAUAAUAUAAAUCUUUUGAGUUGGCUUUA